GAAGGGUACACCUUUUGGCUUGAUAAUUGCGGAUGUUAAGGAUAUUUAGACGAAAAAAGAAUUUAAAACUAAAUUGAUAAGGGUUCUUAAACGGGUGUGGUUUAUAUAAAGCUAAUUGGUAGAUGGGAAAAGUAUAAAUAUGUGUGACAUCACAACCGUGUCCUUUGCUGACAUCCUAGGGGCGCGUCACGCUGACGACAGAAUAUAUUAAAAAAUUGCACCUUCGCGUCAACCAAAACAAAAACACAGUAACAAGGAUCGGUGAUAAAGGGCUUCUUAAAGGCCUUCUUAAGUGAUGAAUGAGAAAGACUUGUAUAGAGAGAUGAGUGAGAAAAGGUUCAGCAAUGGUGUCCCCUUCACAAGUUUACCAGAGAAUUACGUGAGGCCUCUGAGUGAGAGACCCAACCUCCAUGAAGUAACCCCAUGUGAUGCCGUCCCUGUAAUCAAUCUUAACAAUCCCAAUAAAACACAAAUCGUAAAACAGAUUCAGUCUGCCUGUGAAUCCUAUGGUUUCUUCCAGGUUGUGGAGCAUGGGAUACCAGAGGAAUCCAUUAAAGCUAUGCAACAAAUUGGGAAGGACUUCUUCAACUUACCUCUGCAAGAGAAACUCCAACACUAUUCCGACGACCCGGCCAAGAAAUUCAGGCUCUCAACCAGCUUCAACGUGAAGAAAGAGAAAAUUCACAACUGGAGGGAUUAUCUUCGUCUCCAUUGUUACCCUUUGGAAGAUUACGUUCAUGAAUGGCCUUCAAAUCCCCCUUCAUUUAAAGAAGUGGUAAGCCAGUACAGUAGGGAUGUAAGGGAGCUUGGAGUAAGGAUAAUGGAGCUCAUGUCACAGAGUUUGGGAUUAGAAGGUGAAUACAUAGAGCAGGCAUUGGGAAAACAGGGGCAACAUAUGGCCAUCAAUUACUAUCCUCCAUGUCCUGAACCAGAGCUCACUUAUGGACUGCCAGGCCACACUGACCCGAAUGCUUUAACCAUUCUCCUUCAAGACCAAGUAAGGGGCCUUCAGGUGCUCAAAGAUGGCAAAUGGGUGGCCGUUGAUCCAAUCCCUAACGCCUUUAUUGUCAACAUAGGAGAUCAACUACAGGCCUUGAGCAAUGGAAGAUACAAAAGCGUGAUGCAUCGAGCAGUGGUGAAUUCAGAGAAGGAGAGGUUUUCUUUCGCGGUUUUCAUAUGCCCAUCCACUGAUGCAGAACUAGGCCCGAUUCCACUACUUAUAAAAGACAACAAUCCGGCCAUUUAUCGGAGAUUCACUUACGGUGAAUAUUACGAGCAGUUCUGGAGUGGAAAUUUAGAUGGAGUGCAUUGCCUUGAGUUCUUUAGGGUCCCAAGUUCUUCCGGUGACUAAAGCCUCACGUAGGUGUGGUUUUCACUUGUUUUGGAAGAAAUUCAAGUGAAUUGGAUUACCAAACUCAAAAUUAGAUUUAUUAUUAUUGCAACGCGUAUAUGUUUUUUUUUUUU